GCAAGCUCAUACGGGCAAACUCGUGGGUGAGACGCGGAGCAGUCUUACGGCCGACGUUUUCUCGACGAGAGGCACACGACGUUAAAAUACACUUUGCUCUCACUCAGGCACGCGUUAUUAUUAUCAUUGUUAAUAUAUAUUAAUAUUAUUAUCACAGUGCAAACUCGCCGCUGCAAGUUUCGCUCGUAAGCCUCGGUUUUUCUAUAACAAUAUAUAUGUAUAUGCAUAAUACCUAAGUAUUGCGACUAAGGAGACGACGGUUUCAGGGUUUACGACCUACAUUUGGCGGCAGUGCAAUUUUUCUUGUACACAUAUAAGUAAUAUCUCUCCUCAAAUAACUUGUACUCAUCUUACAUGUGGUGUAUUACACACGUUGUCGCGCUUCUGCUCCGAAAGCUCUAACGGAAACACACCGUACUUUGCUUUUGUGCAUUGGAUCUAGUGAGACAUUAAGGAUAAUAAUAAAUAAUAAGUAUUAUCAUUAUUUACUCUUAAUACUUGUGUGUGCCGUCGCAGCAGCAGAGAGACUCGUUAAAAAGAGAAAGAGCAAGAGAAAAGGACAAGACGACAAACUCGCCGCGCGCACGGAAAACAUAGACGCACGUCGUUCGGCGGCUUGCUAUACAGUCUUGCACAGUAGUAGCGGUUCGUCUGUUGGUGGUGCGUGUACGCACGUCUUCGUAAUAUAUAUAAUUAUAUACGCCUAUAGUGUAUAAUAUAUUCUAACCUCUUCUUGUCUCUCUGCCCGCCUUUGCCCCUCUCUCGCGCUCAAUCUUCCAGCAGCAGAAAGAUUGGCUUGCACCUAUAUAUACGUUUAUAUAGUAUACUUCUUCGCUUUCCAAGUGGGCAUUGUCUCCGAGUUUCUGCUUAAAAUUUCUUGGGAGCGAGCAAGAAAAACAUUGUAAUUUAUUGUCUGGCUCUGCGGUACUCUCGCAACAGAGGAAGACGGAAAGUGUGCUAACAAGCAGCAGCAGCAGCAGCAGCAGUUCUCGAAGAGGACGUAGAGAGGGAGUUCCGGUUCGUCGGACCCGCGCGCACGCAGCGGCACAGUAGAGGUUAAGGAUCGUCGAGGAGCUUUAACCGCACCGCGAGCAGCACACACAGCAAUGGCUGACCAAUUGACGGAAGAACAGAUCGCCGAGUUCAAGGAGGCGUUCUCGCUGUUCGACAAGGACGGCGACGGCACCAUCACCACCAAGGAAUUGGGCACGGUCAUGCGCUCCUUGGGACAGAACCCCACAGAGGCCGAGCUCCAGGACAUGAUCAACGAGGUCGACGCCGACGGCAACGGCACAAUCGACUUCCCCGAGUUCUUGACAAUGAUGGCGCGUAAGAUGAAGGACACGGACAGCGAGGAGGAGAUCAGGGAGGCCUUCAGGGUGUUCGACAAGGACGGCAAUGGCUUCAUAUCGGCGGCCGAGCUGAGACACGUCAUGACAAACCUGGGUGAGAAGCUCACCGACGAGGAGGUCGACGAAAUGAUCCGGGAGGCGGACAUCGACGGCGACGGCCAGGUUAAUUACGAAGAAUUCGUCACAAUGAUGACAUCAAAGUGAAUCAACUAAUGUGCUUGGGAUAACUCGCGACUAAGAGUAGUGUUGAGGUACUAAAAUAAUUGUCAAGAGGAAAGAAAAAGAAAGAAAAAAAAAAAAAAA